UUGACAGUCCCGCUGUCGCUUAGUAAAUUUUCACUCGCUCCCCGGCGGUCGGCAAGUGCGAAAAGUCUGCAUAAAGAUAAAUUAUAUAGUGAGAUCUGUUGUUCGAGAUUUAAGACAAAAGGCAGACAAGUGUCAAAAUGAGCCACGAGAUUCGUUGCUGUAAGGUAUUCAAAAUGAAGGGAUCGACGCUGGACAAAAUCUCCGCCUUCCUGGGCGAGCUCAUCGGCACCGGAAUCCUGGUCUUCCUGGGCUGCAUGGGCUGUGUCAGCACGGACACGUUCAAAAACACCCAUCUGCAGAUUGUCCUGAACUUUGGCUUCGCCGUUUUGAUUGCCAUCCAGUGCUUUGGCUGUGUCUCCGGUGCCCAUUUGAACCCGGCCGUAACGGUGGCCGCCUACAUCUACGACAUGGUUUCAUUGACAAUGGCCUUUGCCUACUUUGCUGCCCAGAUGCUGGGUGCCUUCAUAGGAUAUGGCCUGCUGAUGGUCCUGCUCCCGAAGGAGACCCUCACUGUCGGCAACGGACUCUGCGUGACUGUGCCCCACGCCUCCGUGCAGGCGGGCCAGGCCUUCGGCAUUGAGUUCGUCAUCACCUCCAUCCUCAUCAUCGUCUGCUGCGGCGUCUGGGAUCCGCGCAACGCCAAGUUCCACGACUCCGUGGGCAUCCGCUUCGGCCUGGCCAUCGCCUGUCUUGCCUGUGCUGCCGGACCCUUCACCGGUGCCAGCAUGAACCCGGCCAGGUCCUUCGCCCCCGCCCUGUGGAACGGCCACUUCGAGUCCAACUGGAUCUACUGGCUGGCUCCGCUCAGCUCCUCCGCCAUCACCGCCUACGCCUACAAGGUCGUCUUCCGCAGGGAGGUUGUGGAGGCGGAGAUCACUUCCAACGAGAAGCUGCGCCACCUGGAGGACGUCCAGCUGUCGUAGGAGCCAGAGUGCCAAAGACAUUGCUGUAGUGAAAGCCUUAACUAAUUUACUUCUAUUCUAAGACGCCGAAUUUUAUAAUAAUGCAUUCAUUGUACGCUAAUAUAAAUAGUGUUUUCACAAAGUGCUCGAAAGUUUCGCUUUUGAAAUAAUUACUCACUUGGUGAACACACUAGUUGCCUUCAGUAAUAAAGAACAUCGAGAUUUUUAAUCUAUUCUAAACAAA